ACCGGGAUGGCGACUCCCGGUACGCCAACCUCUUCCGAAAACUGGACCUCAACGAAGACGGCAGGGUGGACAUUGCCGAGCUCCAGACGGGCCUCCGAGCCAUGGGCAUCCCUUUGGGGAAGGAGGCGGAGGAGAGAUUCUGUUAGCUGCAAUGGACCAGGGAGAAGAUCUCUGCUGGUGCUGUCCUGCUGCAGGGAGGAGUGGUGCUUAGGACAGGGAGCAGGAAGGGGAAGCUCUGCAGCUGAUAGCAACAUCUGCUGCUGUCAAGGGUGCAAGUAAUAUGAAUGCUGAAUUCGGACAAGUUGGGAGGCCUUUAGAGGCAGUGCAAAUUCCUGUUUUACUCAGUGUUGUGUUGGAUUUCUGGAGGUGAAGUGUCAGCCUAGUUUGUGUGUUAUGUGGGCUCACUGGGCUAUGAUGCUGUGUGAAUGCAUCUUCAGACCCUUUCCCUUUAUGUUGGAUUUAUUUCCCAACUGAUGUAGCUUGACAAGGCUGACUUCAAUAAUUUUUUCUAGUGUUUUUUGCAUUAUCAUAGUCUGCAUAAAUUUGUGUAGUCUUAGUCUUAUUUAUAUCUAUAAAUGGGAAAAGGACUAUUGUCUGCUAUGUGUCCAGUAAAGGAAGAAGUGUCCUGUAUACUUCAGAUGUGACUGAAUUUGGCAUGCAAUAAUAUUAUAUUAUAUAAUAUAUAAUAUACCGUUGAAUAAUUUAAAACUGUUGACUGCAGAGCUAUGUGAAUGGCUCAAAAUACUUUAAAGGGAAGGAAUUGAAACAGGGGGAAAAAGGGAAAAAAUGUCAUGUUUCAUUUUAUAUAUAGUGCCUCUGAUUUUAAAAGCAAAUGUGAAAUGUGUGAAUGCCUAAAGACAUGAUGAUGCUCUUACUGUGGCACUGGAGUUCUUUGUAUGCAGCAUUUUUCUCUGUACCCUUUGAAACUCUGGUUGCAGAAGACAUAAUUGCUACUUGCACUGGUGAUGUAUCUUGAAUUGCUGUUUUGUGCUUGUGUCUUGUAGAUAGCAUGAUAGGAAGCCAAUAACUUCUUGAUGAAUCACUUCCUUUUAAAUAUUCUUUACAUUAUAUUAAUUAGCUGAAAUACCAAGCUAAUGAACAGAUUGGUAAUCCUUUGUACUCAGCAGCCCCACCUUCCAUGCACAGUUCAGUUUUGUAAGCAAUGUAAAGACUUAUGCAAAAUACAUUAAUGAUGACACUAAUAUAAAAUCUAGACUGUGAAUUUAAAAGUCUACAUAAAAACAACAAGAUUUGUAGUGUAUUGCAUUCUUUGUCUUUACGUUGUAGCCAUGAAUGUGUUAAAGUUCAUAACUUUGGCAUAGAGCAAUCUAAUCAGGACACUUACAGAGAAGGGUAGGGAGUUUUUGAUGUGUAUAUAAAGCCUGUCUGUAAUUCUUUUUUUUUUUCAACAGACCUGCUAACUUACUUACAUUUCCACACCAAAUACAGAGGUCUUCUGACAGAGUAGGAAUUCAACCCUGCAACAUGAUUUAUAUAACAGGGAAUUUUUUAAAAAAAUACCUUCUGUGUUUCAGUCUGCUUGUGGCCUCUUGCAUUGGUGUUGCCUGGUUGUGCAGGACUUUGAAAGUAGCUGUAUUAACAAAAUAUGCAACAGAAGAAGAACAAAAAUAGUAGAAUUAUGAAGAAAGAGAAAGAGGAGAAAAGACAAAGGUGACAGUGCCAUGACUAAAUAGGUCAGCACAGGAGUGUUUUAGUGUUUGUGUAAAGGCCUGUAGCAUUAAAAAGAAAGAUCACAGAGUGAUAGCAUUAUUUGGAUUGGUAGUGACUUUUAAAAGGUCUUGUAGUCCAAUUCCCCUGCAGUAAGGAAGGACAUUUUCAACUAUAUCAGGUUGCUCAGAUGCCCACCCAGUCUCACCUCAGAUGUUCCCAGGGGUGGAGCAUCUGCCAGGCUCCAGGCAAUAUGUGCCAGUGUUUUACCACCCUCGUAGUAAAAAACUUCUUCCUUACCUGUCAUCUGAAUUGACACUCAUUACAUUUAAAACCAUUACUCCCUGUCCUAUUGCUACAGACCCUGCUAGAAAGUUUGUCCCAUCUUUUAUAAGCCUCUUUAAAUACCAACAGCCUGCAGUAAGGUCUCCCUGGAGCCUUCUCUUCCUCAGUAUGAAAAACUCCAGCCUUUGCUCCCAGGUACCUCACAGGAGAGGUGAUGCUCUCUGAUCAUCUUCAUGGCCUCCUCAAGCCCCUCUGCACCAGAAAAUUUUUAAAGCUGGGGAUACUAACCAGGAUGGACAGCUGGAUUUUGAAGAAUUUAUGCAGUAUCUUAAAGAACAUGAGAAAAAGAUGAAACUGGCAUUUAAGAGCCUGGACAAAAACAAUGAUGGAAAAAUUGAAGCCUCAGAAGUUGUCCAGUCCCUCAAGAUACUGGGUAUAAACAUUUCAGAAAAACAGGCAGAAAAGAUCCUGCAAAGUAUUGAUGCUGAUGGGACCAUGACCGUAGACUGGAAUGAGUGGAGAGAUCACUUUAUGUUUAAUCCAGCUACAGACAUUGAAGAAAUAAUUCGAUAUUGGAAACAUUCCACUGUACUGGAUAUAGGAGAUAGCUUGACUGUUCCAGAUGAGUUCACAGAGGAAGAGAAGAAGACUGGGCAGUGGUGGAAGCAGCUGUUGGCAGGAGGAGUGGCUGGUGCUGUCUCUAGAACAGGUACAGCACCCUUAGAUCGCCUUAAAGUCAUGAUGCAGGUUCAUGGUUCAAAGUCAAACAAAAUGAAUAUAGCCAGUGGUUUUAAGCAAAUGUUGAAAGAAGGUGGUGUCCGAUCCCUUUGGAGGGGGAAUGGUGUUAAUGUUGUAAAAAUAGCUCCUGAAACAGCUAUUAAAUUCUGGGCUUAUGAACAGUAUAAGAAGAUACUCACUAGGGAUGAUGGAAAGUUAGGCACUGUUGAAAGAUUUGUAUCUGGUUCUUUGGCUGGAGCAACAGCACAAACUUCUAUUUAUCCCAUGGAGGUUUUAAAGACCAGAUUGGCUGUGGGUAAAACAGGGCAAUAUUCUGGGAUGUUUGACUGUGCUAAGAAGAUUUUAAAAAGAGAAGGCCCAAAGGCCUUUUACAAAGGCUAUAUUCCUAAUAUUCUGGGUAUAAUUCCUUAUGCUGGCAUUGACCUUGCUGUUUAUGAGCUCUUAAAGACUACAUGGCUAGAACACUACGCAUCGAGCUCUGCGAACCCAGGUGUGUUUGUGUUGUUGGGGUGUGGCACCAUUUCCAGCACGUGUGGGCAGCUGGCCAGUUACCCUCUCGCUCUCAUCAGAACACGCAUGCAGGCUCAAGCCUCAGUGGAAGGAGCUCCACAGCUAAACAUGGUUGGUCUCUUUCAAAGAAUUGUUGCUACAGAGGGACUCCGAGGACUUUAUAGGGGCAUAGCCCCUAAUUUUAUGAAAGUGCUUCCAGCUGUCAGCAUCAGCUAUGUUGUAUAUGAAAAAAUGAAACAGAAUUUGGGAAUAGCAUGAAUUGAAGGAAAAAAGUGAGAUGCUUCUAAUGCUGUUGGAAACACCAGAACAAUAAUGUUUUCUCAAGUAAUCUGCUCUCACAAUUAGAGACAGAUUUUUAUAGAGACAUGCUGCAACUUCCACAUUUGCCCUUAAGUGGGAAGAAACUUUCUUAAAUUUUAGUUCACCAUUUUUAAACAGAUACCUAUAUUGCACUUUAAAGUAUCACUGAGAUUAAAAAAAAAUCAAGAAAAACUGUCUUUAAAUCAGCAGUAUGGUUUUAUUUUUAGGAAAUCAUGCAUGUUUUACUCGUUGGAGUUUUUAAAAUUUGUCCUUUCUAAAUGUGUAUUUGUCUUGGAUCAAACCAAAGGUAGGAGAAAUUUAUACUGCCUUGAUACUGAAUUUAUGAAAGUGACUUUUUGUUUUGUCAUGCUGCCUAUACUCAAGCAAUUCACAGGCAAUAUUUUGCAUGCCUAGAAGUGAGCACUUUUGUUCUUUUUGGAGACUAAAUGUUAAGCUCAUAAGAAAUAGGAUCUUGGAUACACACAAUGAUGGAAUAACACAUUAAAAUAUAGCCCGUCACCUUUGUCUUCAGGCAAACCUUUUUUAUUUUUCAUUAUUUAAAGAGCCUGACAAACUGCUGUUCUGCAGUAUCAGAAUACCUCAAAUGGAUUUACAUGGUAUUUUUGUAAUACAAUCAGCAAUUUUGAUAAUCUGCUUCACUGAAUCUUCUUUUCAUUGCACUUGUAAAUGUUGGCACCAUUAACCAUGGCAAAAUUUGGGUUACAGCUGCAUGUUUUAUAGGAUCAUAAUAACAAAGGAAAAGAAAAAGCUUGGAUAUUAGAUCCAUUCCAUACAAGUGCAAGUGGCUAUUUAAAAAUAGGAUGGAGGAUCCAGUAUGAAGCUGGUAGUAAUUGCAGUGCAGCCAAUGGCAGAGCUGUUCAUAGCUGCCUUGGGAACAGGAACGCUUCUCAUUUUGGACUCUCCAUUCUUUCCCUUAUUCAGAGGGAUAUAUCCACUAUGUGCUUUUAGCCAGCCAGCAGAGAAUUGCAUUAUUAAGGUAGUAAAGGUUUUUUACAGUUUUGUCACUCGAGAUCAGUCAUCUGUGCGUGGUGGCUGCGGGUGUGAAAUUGGGAUAAUAAAAUAAUCAAAUGUUGUGUCCAGGUGACCAAGUGGCAGCGCUGACCUCAGGUGCCCAUCAGAUUGAUGUUAAUGUAGCAUGCAAAGCAUGCAUGCACACUGUUAGUGCUUGAGAAACAGCUCCUCCUCCAAAAACAAAGCAGCCCUUCCUCAAUGCAGAAAGUUAGGUAUUUCCAUGUACAAGUCCUUCCAAAGCAACUUUAUUUUUUUUUUUUCUUCUUCUUUUUUGGUGUGGGUGGAGGGGCACACAGUUGCCUUCAGGCCUGAACACUGAAAUAGUUUGACAAUUAUCAAUUAUCCAGACUCACUUGUUAGGCUUUUUCUGCUUUCCGUUAUGUGUAGUGUCUUAAUCUUAGUAAAUUCGAGAUUAUACUUACCUUGACCUUCUAAAAGCAACUGUUCUUAGACCACUUUCUGAAAUUGGAUUACUGAAGGAAGAACUUUAUUCUGUUAAGGUCAUUAAGGGUCUUCUUUUUAAUUCUUUCUUUUUUUGGGUGGGCAUGAGGGGUACAUGAGUUUUUUGUUGUUUGUUUGAUUUUUUUCAAAGCAGACAAGCAAGCAAGCAAAAAUAACUGCCUGAAUCUCCCUUGUUCUAUGUAUGCUUUGGGCCAUAUUUUUCAAACAGCACUCACAUGCAAAUCUGUGUUCAGUGCUUUCAUGGCUGGUGUUUAUUCUCCAUAAACUGAUAGAUAGCAAUUCCAUAAAAUCUGUAUUAUAAAUUUUUUGUCACAUUUCAGAAAAUGGCAGCUCUAGCUGUAUUUUGGCCUUCCCUUUAGGGAAACAUUGGACUUUGCACUUUAAAAAAAAGUCAUUCUGUCCAAAUCAUUUAUAUGUAUAAUGCCUUUCUGAUCUGAGUUUUUCUUGGUUUUGCCAAUGUCUUUGUAUCUUUGGGAUUUGUGAGAUUUGUUGCUGAUAAUUUUGUUUGACUGCGACCAAUGAGCAAAUGUACUGUGUGUGUGAUGUAAAGAUGACUUUAGCAUUUCUAUCUUCCAGACUUGUUCCAUUUUGUUUAUAGUGUGCAAGUGCCAUUAUGAGUAUUGAAAUUAUGGUAACCCUUUUAAAUAUUGAAAAGAUGAGCUGUCUCAGAUUUGAUUUUUCAUUAUGUGCCUUGAUGAUGAUCGUGUUCAAUUGUGUAUUCUUUGUCUCUUAAAUGUAUGUUUACCUUUCUAGCUCUAUAAAACUAAUAGUUUCUAAUAAAUCUUUGUUUCCUUA